AUGGAGGGGAUGAAAGCACCCCAGCCCCUCCUCCUCCUCCUCUUCCUCCCUCCCGGCAGUUCCGAUGGCAGUCAAGUCACCCAACACGUCGGAUAUGGCGGUGGCAGGCUUGCAUUAGAGCAGAUACGAUCCUACUUCCAAUCGAUAGCAGGAGAAGUCCAAGAGGUUACGAUAGCGAGAAGUGGUCGGAAUGGUUCGAUUCGAUUUCGACGGCCUGAAGGAACUCAAAGAGCACUGAAGCAACAGGAAGGAAAGGGCAAGCAUUCGAUAGAUGGUGUUGUCGUUUCUGUCUCUUUGCCCUUUGAGAUGCGUAUGGAAGAUGCCUUAAACCCUUUGAAACAAAUCGUUGGGGAGAACAACAAUUUCUUCAAGCGUUCCAGCAACAAUCUACCUCUUGGAUCAGAUUGUUCUAUCUUGUAUUUGAACGUCAAGCGUCUGCGUGAAUUACCUGCCCCUCCCAGAGGUCCGACAACUGUGUCGCAUGUUUACGUGAGGGUAGGAGUAGGAGAGAAGCAGCAAACCAUGAAAAUGCGAAUUAAGGCGUCAUGGAUCAAUCCCGUCUUCACCUUCAAUGAAAGUUUUCACUUUGAGUUACAAUCUGAUGGAAGUACCAACCACAUCUUCGUUGAGUGUGGGUACGUUGCUGCGAGCACAGAACAAGCCAUAUCUGCCGUUCUUAUCAAUAUCAAUGAUGAUCUUCUGGAUCGGAGCAUAUGGCAUGAUCUUCGAUCACUCGCUGAUUACGACCCGUUUGCAAUGUUCGAAAGCAAGGGCAUGUCUUGCAUGGGAAAGUUGGAGCUUGUAGCAUCCCUUAAGAAGAAUAACACCAUGGAAAGUGAAGUAGAAGAAACCAGAUCCCUCAAAAAUUGCCAGCUUCACGGAGGUGGGAAGACAGUCGCAUGGAGCAGCGGCUGGACGUGCUGGUGCCCAAGAAUCUCAUCGCUAGAAAAAAGAUUUUCAAAGGGUGCGAACGUAGCAAUUUUGCCAUCCUUGACGAUGAUACAUGAUGUCAGAGAGGCGCUUGAAGACCACAUGAAGGUCGCAAUAGUCGAAGAUGCUGAAGAGUGUCAAGGACGAGCAAGGAAGUGUUUGGGGAAAAAUUCGAUCUACUACUUCAAGGAAGGCUUGAAGCUGAGCAAACGCCAAGAUUCCGACGGGAUCGCCCAGACUUUGGGAAUGUUCCGAAAGGCUGCUAUCUGUGAGGCUAGAAAACCAUUGCGACCUGAGAUCAAGCACGAAGCUUUUAUGCAGAUCGGAGGCAAGUUAGAGAUUGCAUGGCAGGCGUACUCGACAAAAUCGGCGAGCCAAUUCGAGCAGCUCAGGUGCUUGUCAGGAGACAGAGAUGAGAGAACGAACAAUGACGACAACGUGAACCUGCUGUUCAAUGCCGGGCUGAAUCUCUUCAAGGGAAAGCGAUACACAGAGGCCAUCGUAGUCUUGGAUGAGGUGCUGCGGCUUAACCCUGAACAUAUCAAGGCCUUGAGGAGCAAAGCACUUGCUUGCAGGUGGUGCUUCGCAGUGUCUUGCGUCUGCGAGAUCGUUCAACUGAAGAAGAUUUGUUCAUCACCAGUGAAAAGGAGAGACUCAAUUAACAAGGUUCUUGAGGUCUUGUCUCGCUGCUCCUUCUUUCAACAAUUUCCCACGUACGUCCUAUACGAAAUUUGCAAAGGAGAAGUGCUGGUCUCACACGAGCCGCAUCGGGAGGAGCAGAAGCAGGAAGAUAUUGAAGAGCUCAUGGGAACUCAGUGCUCGAAGUGUCACGAGACAACAUCGCUGACUCUGAAGAAGGGGAGAAGCGACUUUGUCAUGGAUGGAGACAUGCAGAAAUGCGCGCAUGCACGUGUCAGGGAACAGGAUCCUGAAUCCUUUGAAAGCUCUGUGCUGGAAAAGCUUGGGCGUGUUUUACAAGCUCCAAGGAAGGCAGGACAAAAUUGUGUUGGAAGAAGAGAACUAAGAACUUGCAGGCUUAUCAGGAAGCCAAUGCCUGCUAUCGUUACCGAGCACAAGACUAUCAUUACUCGAGCCGUCAACAAGUUGGAUAAGAUCCUGAACAGCAUUGAAGAGGCUGAGAAAGAUCCGCGAAGAAAAGAAGAAGAGAUUGCGCGUUCAUUGAAAAUCUUGGAUGCUCAUCAGUUCCGAGCAAGGCUAUUUGAAGAGCCCUAUGCAAACGAGAACCUCAGGAGGCUCGGAAUGCCAAUCGUCGAGCAAGAAGCCCCUCACCUGCUUUCGCUUGAGGCAACCACGGCAGAAGGAUCAGCAUUCACCAUUCUUGCUCUGACUGACAUGGAGCUCUUUGCUGUCUCUGCGGCAGAUUUCAUGAUUCAGGAAGCAGAGAGCAUCUCUCGAGAUCUCGACGAGAGAUUGCGGUGGAGCCUCUACAGAGAGACAGUAGCAUGCCAGGAAGGUGCUCAGUGUAUCGCGGAGCUUCCAGCGCGUUAUCCUUGUCCGUAUGGGAGGCACACGGGUUUGCGCCAUCGCAAGGACAAGACCACCUGCGACUUGAUGAGAGACGGACCUCCGGCCAAACAGUAUCACAGAGUGCACUCGGGACAGAUCAUGUCAAACUCAGGAGCGAGCAUGGCUGGAUUGAAGCAGGAAGCUCGGCGAAUGCGAAGCCAGGAAUGA